AUGUUUGCACUGCACCCGAUCGCGCGCGGACCGCACUGGCACUUUCUCUUUGGCAUCUCGCACGAAGGGCAGGUCAUGAGCGAGUCGUCGGGUCCAGUGAUCUACUACCCUGGACGCAUGGUGCUCGACGAGAUUGUCAACAAUAUCGCAUAUGUUGGCAAAUCGGUGUGCGUUCUUGCGUGUGGACCGCCGGGCCUCGUUGCCGACACACAGCGCCACGCCCGGAAAUGUGGCUUUGACUUUCACAAGGAAGAGUUUCUGUUUUAA